CUCUCUCUCUCUCUCUCUCAGUGUGUGUGAGUGCCUGAGUGGUGGCGUAGCUAGGGUUUCGCUCGGAAUCCGGUCGGGGCCUCGCCGAAUUGGCGGCGAUCUGGAGCUCGGCUCGGCGGCGCGCCUGAUCCGGACACUCGCGGGGAGGAGAUGAAGUCGUCGCUGCGGAAGCUGCGGGGCUUCGCGCUGCAGCGCCACGAGCAGCGGGUGGACCGCCACCGCGGCGGCGUCCAGUCCCCUGCUGCCGCCGCGGCGAACGAGCUCCUCGCCGCCGCUCAGGAUAUGUCAGAUAUGAAGAGCUGUUAUGACAAUCUGCUUGCUGUUGCAGCAGCGAUUGCAAAUAGUGCAUAUGAGUUCUCAGAAGCACUUCAGGAAAUGGGGACUUGUUUACUUAAAAGAGUCACACCAAACAAAGAUGGUAUCAAUGAUAAAGUUUUGCUGUUGCUCGGAAAGGCUCAGUUUGAACUGCGAAAACUUGUAGAUAGUUAUCGUGUGCAUGUUCUUAAUACCAUUACCACUCCAUCACUGUCCCUACUUAAUGAACUUCAAACUGUAGAGGAAAUGAAGCACCAGUGUGAUGAAAAAAGAGAAUUGUUCGAAUUCCUGCUAAAUGCGCAGAAAGAAAAGGGAAGAUCUAAGAAUGCCAAAGAUACUGGUGCAUCAGAGCAAUUGAAGCAAGCCCAGGAAGAUUACCAAGAAGAAGCAACUCUUUUUCUAUUCCGUUUAAAGUCACUGAAGCAAGGACAGUUCAGAAGUCUUUUCACACAAGCUGCUCGGCACCAUGCUGCUCAGCUAAAUUUAUUCAGAAAGGGGCUCAAAUCUCUUGAGGCUGUAGAGCCACAUGUUAGGCUGGCUGCUGAGCAGCAACACAUUGAUCAUCAAUUCAGUGCACUUGAUGAGGAGGAUUACUCUGUGGAUGAUGAAAAUGAUGAUGAUUACAACGACAGUCAUGAAGAGUUAUCCUUUGAUUAUGGAGAAAAUAAGGAAGGCACAGAAGCUGGUCAUACUUCCAGAAGCCCUACAGAGGAACUUUUGGAUAGAAGCAAAGCAGAGCAUCUUUCUUUUCCUGGUGAAAGACAGAGAUCUGGAAGUCAGUCAGCUCCACUUUUUCCUGAAAAAAAACUUGAGGCGGCAGAGAGAAUAAAAGAGUUGCGGCGUUCUGCGACAAGGAAACUAAAUACUUAUGUUUUGCCUACUCCAAAUGAUGUUAGAGACACAUCUCAGACAGUUACAGGACAUCCUACUACUGGAUCUCCUCUUGGAAACAAAGGUGCAUUCCAUUCAUCUCCACUCCAGCCAAGUGCAAAUGUGGGAGAUUUGAGAGACAACAAGCUACCAAGUCCUGCCAGAUUAUCUAAUGCUCAUUCAGUGCUGAAAGAGAGCAAUACCAAUACUGCAGACACAAAGACAAUGCUAGUGGUCCCAUUGGGUGAUCUGACUUUACCCAGUUAUCUUGACUUGAAGACAUCUGACAACAAAAAGGUGAAGAGAGAAUCCUUUUCUGUUCCUAUUGCUCCAAGGUCAAGGUCAACAGAGAAUAUUGAUGUCGUUUCUGUACCGCCUAGGCACAGCUCUUCACAUCAGCCGUCAAUACAUGUCAGAGUUUCUCCCAGUACCUCACCACCACUAUUGUCCUCACCCAAAAUCAAGGAGCUUCAUGAGCUUCCUCGACCACCUGCUAAUGCAUCAAAACAUACAACCUUUUCCAGUUUAGUUGCUCACUCUGCCCCAUUGGUACCAAAUUCUGCGCCUUUGGCACCAAGAGGCCAGGAUCAUUUUAGGCCAAGGCAAACACCACCAAGCGCUCCACAGACCGCGUCGCCUUUACCAACUCCACCUGGUCCUAUAUCACGCAGUUUUUCAAUACCUUCUAGGGGCAUGAGAACAUCAGGUAUUUCAGAUGGUAAAGAGACAGAAGAUCUUCAGGAUAAAGGGCCUGCCAGAAUGAGCCUUUCUAGUCUUCCUUCUGCACAAACAUCGUUGGAAGAUCGGCCAUUGUCAGGAGCUACUGAAUCAGUUAGCAAAACAUAGGAAUAUUUGGUGUUGAGGUGAAAUUUUAUUACGUACCAAGGGUUUCAGCUAUCUCCCCAUGGAAGGAUAUUGUACAUAUUAGUAUGUGAACUCAGCCAAUAUUGCAAAGUAGUUGGUGUUUCGUUUGCAUUCCCCUAUGGUUAAGAUGUAAUUGUGCAAAUAACGAGUUGUGGAAUAAAAUCUCCAUUUUUUCUCCCUGAUUGAUUGAUGUAAGAUUUGUUCGUUUUGCCCUUGAGAUGACUUGAAUGCUACCUGUUUUCCGCUGCUUAUGUAAGCACUCUCCAUCUUGAUUUUUAACAGAUGGGCCUCAAUUUUGC